UUGCGUUGUUGUUCCUGGUCUUUGAGUUUCGGGAGAGCGUUCGACUAAGCAGUCGAUCUUCAUUGUGGGCACACCCGGCGAAUACAAAGUAGCUAAACGGACAAUUAAAGGACAAUAAUUGUUCCAUCUGACUGGGAAAGGCAUUGUGGACCCUCAUUGGCAACUAUUUGGACAGUUCAGGAUUUGUCUGCCUUGAGAUACUUCACAUCAAAAAAUGGGACCUUGUGGGGCUUUUGGCCUUACUUUCGUACUCCUCUUUGGUUUAAACACGGCUAUGGCCCAGGAUGACAACAAUCUUUCCAAUGGUCUUCAACCUCUACCGUUGACCAGAAAUGUCAGACAAACUGAUUCGGAUGAAGGUUCAUUUCCUUCCACCUCGACCUCAUCGUUUCCAUCGGCCUCGCAGAAUUCGGACCCGAAUUCGCCGGUAUUUCUGCAAGGAGAUUGCGAUUUUGGAGCUGGGUCCUCACUGGAAAUGUGCGAAUGGGCCAAUUUGAACAUGUCGGCCUUUGAAUGGAAAGUGUCCAAUGGCGAGGACAGUUUUUGGAUCGGUGGACCUCGAGUGGACAGGAAUGAUAACAACGAUAAAGGAGGCUACGCUUUCUUCGAGACUUCUCAGUUACCCAAUUCCCCAAAGGCUCAGAACACUGUGAGUGCCAUGAUGGCCAGCCCAAAGCUCGAAUCCACGGGCUCAGAGGGAUUCUGUGUCAGUUUCAGCUAUGCCUCUGAUGGAUUGUCCGACAAAUUGCGCUUGCUUCUGCAUCCAGUGGACGAUAAUGGCAUUGAACAUGAUGAAGACUCGAUUGGCGAUUCGGCAAACACUGUUUUGGCCACGCUUCAAGAUAGCACCGUGGGUAUGGAAACAGCCCAAGUUAUGUAUUCCUACCACGACUUGCAUCAAAUCAUUUUCGAGGCCAUCCCCAAGGACGAAACCGACCAAUCUCGAGGCUAUCGGGGCUACAUCGCCGUUGACGACAUCUCAUUCAAAACGGGAUCGGAUUGUCAAGGACAUUGCACCUUUGACUCUGGAUUUUGUGGCUUCACCAACUCCAAUGGAGCUGACUUUGAAUGGAAAGUCGGCCGAGGCAGUGAGAACCCGAAUACAGGGCCAAUCCGAGACCAUUCCAGCUUCAAGUCCAAUCGUGUGACUGGAGCUUUUGCCGUGAUCGAUGCCAGCUCGCCUCGCAGACCGCAAGACUUUGCUCAGAUUGUUUCCGAUCAAUUCCCAGCUACCGAGAGUAACAGUCCAUUGUGCUUGAGGUUUUGGACUCAUAUGUUUGGCAGUGGCAUUGGGGACUUGAAUGUCUAUAUUCGUUCCGAUGGGAGUGACCGAAAAGUUUGGGGCUUGAGUGGUGAUGCCGGCAACAAUUGGUAUAUGGCUCAAGCGCCCAUUGCUUCUCCAAAAACCUUUAGCAUUGUGUUCGAAGGUGUGGUGGGUCGUAAUAGAUUGGGAAAUAUUGCGAUAGAUGACGUUUCCAUUGUUCCCGGAGUUUGCCCGACCUCGCCACAAGUAGCCUCCUCAAGUCCUGGGGAUUGCGCCUUUGAAGACGACAGCUGUGGAUGGACCAACCCAGAGGCUCGAGAAGCCGUAGAUGAAUUGAAUUGGGAAAGGGUCGAGGCGAAGAGUGAUGGCAGAUUCCCACAAAGUGAUCACACCACAGGAUCAAGGGAAGGAUACUACAUGUCCUUGUCUCGAAAUAGCGUUCAACGAGCUGGAGAUAGAGCGUUCCUGACCUCCUUGGAAGUUGCCGGCUCUGAUCGUCCCAAAUGCCUCAGCUUUUGGUAUUACAUGUAUGAGCCCAUUGUGGAUAACACUGGACCCAACUUGGGAAAGUUGGCAGUGUGGGUCCAAUCUUUUGAUAGGAACGAUAACUUGGUAAGAAACCCCGUAUGGAGGCUUCAAAAUGGACAAGGACCCAGCUGGAAAUACGCUCAAGCUAAGAUUGAAUCGGAAGUCGAUCACCAGGUGAUCAUCGAGGGUGUUUGGGGAAACAAUCGUGUGAGCGGAUACAUUGCCAUUGACGACGUUACCUUUUUUGAUGGCGAUUGUGAUAUCGUUCCUCGCCAUGCGGAACAAGUCAAAGCGGAAUGCACCUUUGACCGAGAUUCUUGCUCGUGGAGAAAUUCUUCCACCGGAGAUUUUGAAUGGAGACUGGCUACUUUGGCUCGGCGUCCGGCCAAUCUACCCGACAAGACCUUUGGAGCCCCGGUGGGAUACGCCUAUUUCGACAUAUUCAAUACAGGCACCAGAUCCAACCGGGUAAAGCUCACAAGUCCUACCAUCUCCGGAGCAUCUGUCGAGGGUCGAAUAUGUUUCUCGUUUUGGUUUGCGGCAUUUGGAGCUGGAGAUACCACCAGUUUGAAGAUUAUGAAGAAAGAUUUAACCGAGGCUGAAUCCGCGGAGAAUGAGACCGAGGGCAAUUCUUCCGAUUCUGAGGAUGAUGAAGACCAGGACGAGGACGAAAACGACGACAGCACGAUUUGGUCUAUGUCUGCCGCCGAGUUGAAUACAGCGCGACCCGAAUGGAUGGCUGGACAAGUGGACAUGGCGACUAAUUCCGAUUUCAGACUCACAUUAGAAGGAAAAGCCACCAAUGGAGGCUUUGCCAUUGAUCAGUUGGUCUUCAGUCCUGGAAGAUGCAGCACUCGUCCAACCUCGGCCAUUCCAGCGGCAAAAAAGUAAUUUCGCUCCUCAGAAGCUCGGUGAACCAAGACUUUUCAAUAGUCGUUAGAACAAAAGCACCUCCUCAACUUCAAACGCAAUAUCUUGUAGAAGAAAUUGAACCAUCACAGCCCAAGAAGCGGUCCAAGAAAAAGAAUGAAGGAUCAACCCAGAGCGUCAUUCAGAGUUCCGCGAUCCCAGAUGUCGCAUCUUCAAAUGAAUCAGAACCUCCAAUCUCUUCUUCCGCUAACACCGCCACACUUCCAUUCUCCCAACCAUCGUCCAGCUCUCGGGCUCAAACACUUUCAAUGUCGUUUGUUCACACCAGUAAAAUUUCCACUGUACCAGACAGCAAAAAAAUGACAAGAGUAACAACAACAACAACAAGAACAACAACGACCAAUGCAACAUCAUCAACAACAACAACAACUGAUCGUACUACUUCUUUUUCUUCUUCUACUGCUACUACAGCAGCAGCAGCAACAACAACAACAACAACAACAACAACAACUACUACUACUACUACGAGGACACCGAUAGCGACCGUAACAUUAGAAUCAAUGACAAUGUUAGCAUUAAAAUAUGAUAACCAUAGUCUCGAGACCCAAUCUCCGGCUACUGAGCCUGAGGAGCAAAAAACAUCGGAUUCUGCCUUCACAACAACGCCCACUAAAAGAGCGCAAAAUAAUGCGAACUUUACUCUUAGCUUAGAGAACAUCAGACUAAAAUCCACUGAAGCUGAAAAAAUCCCUCAAUUGGCAAGCCAGAAGUCCCGAAAUCAACAAGAAGUUCGAUACGGGCUCUUGUUUGGUCACUCUGACAAUCCGAUUCAGAACAAAAACAAAGCAACCCAAUUCGUCAGUGGAACUUUUCAUCAGCACGUUUUUGUGUUCUUCUUUCUUAGAUGUGUAAUUUCACUGCUACUUGCACAAGAUCAUGAAUAAACAGUAUUAUUUUAUCCAAAUGUA